AUGUCCCAACCACCAAACAUCUACAUCGUCGGCGCUCAAUGCACAGGCAAAAUGACCCUCGUCAAAAACCUCCACGCUAAUUUUGAGUUCAACUCCUCCCACGAACCGCCAGUCCUGAUCACCGAAGUCGCCCGCACAGUCCUCAAGAAGCACUCCUUCACAGCAGCCGACCCAAUCGCCUACGCCUUGCGAUAUGUAGAAGGACGAGCCAACCAAUUGAUCCAGUCGGAUGAAAGGCGGGAACUGAGAACAAGGAUGCAGGACGCGGUUGUGGUUCUCUGUGAAGCUAGCGAAGAAGCGCGGAGCUGGCUUGCGGAUGAUGGGGUUAGGUUGAUGCCGGAGGAUGUGGAUGAUUUGGAUUGCCAUGCAUAG